AGAAAUGGACACAAGCUGGGAGCAAAAAAGAUGGAGAGUAAACCUCUUCAAAACAGAAAGGUCACGGACUACUUUCCCAUCAGGCGCAGUAACAGAAAAACAAAUGCAGAGUUAAAGAGUGAGCAACACAAGCACCUCGAUGACCUGAUAAAGAAUGACAUUGAAGAAGGAAUGGAGGUCAAAAACAUAGACGGCAAGGGGAGAGGGGUAUUCGCUGUGAGUGGUUUCAAAAGGGGAGAUUUUGUCGUGGAGUAUCACGGAGACCUGCUGGACCUGGCUGAAGCUAAAAUCAGAGAGGCCCAGUACGCUGAGGAUCCUCAAACAGGCUGUUACAUGUACUACUUCCAGUAUCAAUCCAAAACUUACUGGUAAGUCCAAAUGGCAUCG